AUGAGCGACUUCGACACAAGCCCGCCCGUCGGCUUCUACCUGCGACACAACGGCACCUGCGCAGACAACCAGAUCCAGUGCAGCUCCGAACCGCAAUGGUCCGACUCCUACGGCGAGUGGUUCAACUGCUGUCCCGAGGGCACCUUCUGCGUCGACAACACCUGCUGCCCGAGCACCUCGGGGUGCAAGGAAGCCAUCGAGAGCGACCCGCACUGCGCGAACAACCAGACGUGGGACCUGUAUUCGCAGGGCGGCGGCUAUUUCUGCUGCGAGCACGGCACGAUCGGGUAUGUGAAUAGCGGGCUGAUGGUGGGGAAUUCGAAGGCGAGUGGUGUUGCUUGUGCCGAGCAUUGGAUGCAGGGGGAUAAUUACGAUGUUCUGACUGCGGAGGCGAAGGGCACACCCACCCCAUCAUCAACGCCGUCCGCAUCUGCAUCAGCAUCCUCGUCACCAACCGCAACAGAGACAGGCAGCACAGACUCCGGCUCCGACUCCUCCAAGCGCACCGCCAUUAUCGGCGGCGUCGUCGGCGGUGUCGUCGGUGGUCUUGCCGGAAUCGCGCUCAUAAUCGCCCUGGUGUGGAUGCUCAAGCGCCGCCGACGAAAACAGGCCCAGGGCGCGACUGCGCUCCCAGACGGCGCCGAGGGCAGCGUACCGGGGACUACAGUGCCGGCCAACGAGUACAAGGGGGCCUUUGGGGAGCUCCCUGAUACCCAUGUCCGGUCGGAGCUGUCUGGGUCUCCGAAUGGGAUGGCGCAUGAAUUGCCUGCUGAGACGAGUCGGUAG